AAGCAUACUUUACAGAAUGUUCAUGAAUCAUUGCCAUAUGGUCUGAAAUUUCUACUGAAUAGAUUGCCAGCAAUCAUCAAAUUUGAUGAAUUUUGGAAUUUCAAGGAAUGGAUGGAUGGAGUAAAACGUAAAGAUGAAU